GGCUGACUCCUCCCUCAAGGGCGGGGACAAGCGGGGCCCAAAAUGGCGGCCAGCCGCUACCGGCGUUUUCUUAAGCUCUGUGAGGAAUGGCCAGUGGACGAGACCAAACGGGGCCGGGACUUGGGCGCUUACCUGCGGCAGCGGGUAGCACAGGCGUUUCGGGAGGGAGAGAACACCCAGGUGGCAGAGCCUGAGGCCUGCGAUGAGAUGUACGAGAGCUUAGCACGACUCCAUUCAAACUAUUACAAACACAAGUACCCUCGCCCGCGGGACACGAGCUUCAGUGGCCUGACCCUGGAAGAGUACAAGCUGAUCCUCGCCACAGGUACGGAGGCCCCUCUGCCUGUGGGACACCGAGGAGCUUCUGAAGCGACAGCCCUUACACUUUGGCCCUAGACUAAGGAGAAGACACCCUGGGGGAGCUGAAGGACAUGAAUAAAGGCUUGUGGAAGAAACUGCAGGAGAAGUUCUCCGCCAGGAGUCCCGAGGAGAAGCAGAAGGCCUGGGCUCAGUCCUUAUCUCGCCCGCGGACCUGAGUGGAA